AUGCUUGAAACAGAAGCUUCUCUUCUUUCUCCCCCGUCCGAGUCUGCCUCCGCUGUUCCGCUUGAUUCGUCCCUACGCACCACUCCAAUUCACCCCGAUCUUCCUGAAAUUCAAGUACCAGGAGAACCACUUCCAGUGUAUCGCUAUCACCCAAUCACAUGCCAGCCAAUUGUUGAGCAAGAUGUGCAGGCCGAGCUUGACCAGUUGCGCCAAGAUUUCCCAACGCGCGAGACAGCUUUAAGGGCGCAAGAACAGGCCGCAAAGGAAGUGAAAAGGAAAAUCGAGGAAGCCGAGAAGAAGAGGGAACAGGUUCAACGAGCAAUGGACAAGAAAAUUAAGGAACGAGAUACCGAGCUGAAAGUUGUUUCCAAAUACCACCAUGUGAAGGCUUCCGACAUCCCAGCUUGA